CGGUGCGACCCGACCACCUCGCAGGAGGAGGCCCCGAGCCCCCAUCGGCGGAAGAGCCCCAAGGCGGAUCUUGGCGCCUUGAGGGAGGAGGCUGCAGAGCUCGCGCUCACCCGGAGAGGCUCGAGGGUAUUCAAAGCCUUCACCGGGCGCAAGGCCUGCCGCCAACCGAAUCAGACGGUGGCGAAGCUGGUGCCCUUCCCGUCCAUUGGUCGCUCCGAGAUGGCGAAAAACGUUAUGGGAGACUUAAAGAAUCUUUUCCCUGAGAUCAUCGCUAGGGCCGCAGAACAUCUGUGGUAUGUCUUUAGUUUUGAGCUGAAACAGCUUGGCACGAACACCACACAUACCCUGACCAACAGACUGAAACCUCUGGAGGAGAAGGAUCUGGGAGCGGAUGGUCCCAGACUGGGUCUCUUAAUGAUGAUCUUGGGUCUCAUCUGCAUAGAAGAUAAAAGGGCCAAGGAGGCACAGGUUUAGGAGGUGCUGAGUCGGUUGGGGGUGUGUCCCUCAGAGUAUCACGGCCUCUUUGAGCGCCCGAAAAGGCUUAUUAGGGAAGUUUUCGUGCAGUAGUGACACCUCGGUUUACAGGCGGUGCCUCACACCUAUCCACCAGAGUGUGAAUUCCCUUGGGGUCCCCCAAGCAACCUGGAAACCAGCAAGAUGAACCUAGAGUUCAUGGCCAAGUUCCAUAGAAAGGAAUCCCAGCACUGGCCAGUGCAGUACUGUGAGGCCCUGGCAGAUGAAGCCAGUACGAGGGCCAGGGUUAGGGCCAGGGCUAAUGCUAGGGCUGGCAUCGGGCCCUGGUGAGGACUGAGGAAAGGUGGUCAGUGAGGGGGUGGGGCAGUCCUAGGUAUGGAAGGUACUGUUUGAUUCUUAAGUAGUGUAAGGUGAGAGGAGUGUUAUUUCUGUAAGAGUUGUAUUUGUGUAACUAGAAUUUAAGUUUUGCAUCUUGCUAGGUUUUGUGACAUUUAAUAUACAGUAAAAUUGAUGUUUAAAUGAAAUUGGUCUACUUUUGUCAUAAGAUUUUGUUGUUGAGUUUUGCUGUUUUUGUAAAAUGGUUUGAAACACUUUGUAUUGUAUUCUGUGAUCUUAAACAAACUAUGCAGCAUUGUAGUCCUGUACUUUAAUAGUUUGAAGGAACUCUGCAGGAUGAUGAUCUGGUACCAUGAAACACAUAUAACUGAUUGGUGUCUAGCUUCCCAACACUUUUUGUCUGUUGUAAAAAGAAAAAAGAAUGACAUGUACCUCUAUUUGCUUAGCCAUUAUAGUAUCUAGAGGAAAAUUAAAGUGCAGUAAGUUAGACGUAUACUCUAGUAUACUAAAUAAAUUAAGCAUUCACUGAGCAUCA